AUGUGGAUCUGUCUAAUGUUAAAGGUCUUGUUUGUCUUGUCUUUUGUGGUUAUGAAGGUGUCAGCUGAUCUCACCUGCGCUGCCGUGCUAAUGCUGGCUUCUGGAAACCACACAUUGUACCAUCUGGAGCCUGCUAAUCACUCUGACACUAAUAACUCGGGUGUAUUUUGCAGAACAGCUAUCGAUGGCAUCGGCACCUGCUGGCCACGCAGCGUGGCUGGGGAGAUGGUGUCGCGUCCGUGCCCAGAAAUCCUCUAUGGAGUCCGAUACAACACCACCAAUAAAAUCUUCCGGAAGUGUCUGGCCAAUGGGACUUGGGCCUCCAAAAGUAACUACUCUCAGUGCAAAGCUAUUCUCAGUGUCCAGAGGAAGAGCAGGUUGCAUUAUCGAAUAGCUGUCAUCGUUAACUACCUGGGUCACUGCUUGUCACUGCUCACUCUCCUUAUCGCCUUCAUCAUCUUCUUACGACUCAGGAGUAUUCGCUGUCUAAGGAACAUCAUCCACUGGAAUCUCAUCUCCGCCUUCAUCUUGAGAAAUGCAACAUGGUUCAUCGUUCAGCUCACCAUGAGCCCUGAUGUACACGAGAGCAACGUGCCAUGGUGCCGUUUAGUAACAAUGGCAUAUAACUACUUCCACAUGGCCAAUUUCUUCUGGAUGUUCGGCGAAGGCUGUUAUCUCCACACAGCCAUCGUGCUCACCUACUCCACCGACAAGCUCAAAAAAUGGAUGUUCAUCUGCAUCGGAUGGUGUAUUCCUUUCCCUAUUAUUGUUGCCUGGGCCAUUGGAAAGGUGUACUAUGACAACGAGAAGUGUUGGUUUGGGAAGAGAGCAGGCAUAUACACAGACUACAUCUACCAGGGCCCCAUGAUCCUGGUGCUUAUGAUCAAUUUUGUGUUCCUCUUCAAUAUAGUCAGGAUCCUCAUGACCAAACUCCGAGCGUCCACCACAUCCGAAACUAUCCAGUACAGGAAGGCUGUGAAGGCCACGCUCGUCUUACUGCCUCUGCUUGGGAUCACGUACAUGCUGUUCUUCGUAAACCCAGGAGAAGAUGAGAUCUCGCAAAUCGUCUUCAUUUACUUCAAUUCUUUUCUGCAGUCCUUCCAGGGCUUCUUUGUGUCAGUGUUCUACUGUUUUCUGAACAGCGAGGUCCGCUCGGUGGUUCGGAAACAUUGGCACCGCUGGCAGGACCACCAUUCCAUCCGCGCACGAGUUGCAAGAGCGAUGUCCAUUCCCACCUCACCUUCACGCCUCAGCUUCCACAGCAUCAAACAGUCCACUUCUGUCUGAUCCACAGACAUUUAAAAAUGAAAAAGGACCAAGAAACAAAGAGGCAGGCACUCGAUCAAUGAGGAUUUUCACUCCCCUGACCACAUCUGAACAGACACAGGGGCUGAAAUGAAGGGAAGAUCAGAAAAGGCCCGACAUGAAAUGACGAUACGAAUGAAGGGUACGAUGGCAGGACUUCACAAAAUGGACCAUUUCGUAUUGCU